AUGCCUUCCCCAUCACUCUUUCUGGGGUCGAGCACCACACUCGUUUCUGCUUUGUUAUUGCUUUCUUCUUCCGCUGCCGCUACUUCAGAUACAUAUUAUGCGUUGGACACCGACUACUCGGGCAGAGACUUUUUUGAUGGCUUCAAUUUCUUCACUGAUGCUGAUCCGACCCAUGGCUUUGUCACUUAUGUUGACGAGGGCACUGCAUUGGCGGAUGGCUUGAUCACCACACGUGGUGGCUCUGCUCAGAUCAAGGUCGACAGCACCCACACAUACGAUGGCACUGUACAAUACUCUGGCAUCAAUGGCGUUGGUCGUCCUAGCGUCAGGAUCGAAAGUAUCAAUUCUUGGACACAUGGUCUCUUUAUCGCGGACAUCAAGCACAUGCCUACAACUACGGACUCCAGUGGCUGCAGUGUUUGGCCUGCAUUUUGGACUCUUGGUUCCGGGACGUGGCCCUACAAUGGCGAAAUCGACAUCAUCGAAGGAGCCAACAACCAGGCCAAUGAUCUGACGUCCACCCACACCGGUGGCAGUUGUAUGAUCGCCCAGAGCCCGUUGGAGAUGACUGGCACUUCCAACGGCAACGAUUGCAGGUACGAUGUCGCUACUGGUGCGAAUGCUCAAGGCUGUGGAGCGUUCUCGAAGAGCUCUGUCAGCUACGGCGCUGGCUUCAACUCGAACAAGGGAGGCGUCUACGCCAUGGAAUGGAAAUCAGAUGCUAUCAAGAUUUGGUUCUUCCCCCGGGGCUCCAUCCCUUCGGAUAUCACCUCUGGUAAUCCAGAUCCAUCCGGGUGGGGACUCCCGGACUCCAUUUUCAACGGUCCCGGAUGCGACAUCGAUGCCAACUUCGCCGACAACAGAUUCAUCUUCGACACCACCUUCUGCGGAGAUUUCGGCGAAGCCACUUGGUACAAUGGUGGUUGUGCGGCGAUCGAGGGGGACCAGUGCUCAGUCUUUGUGGGAGAUCAUCCUGAGCAGUUCACAGAGGCAUACUGGGACGUGAACUAUGUUCGCGUAUAUCAAUCGAAACCAGUUACUCACACCUCUUCCUCGACAACUAGUACGAUGACAACCUCUAGCAGCUCAACCUGGACGACUCCCCACACAACCACCGCCGAAACAACUACUACCAAGACAACCACUUCCCAAACGACCACCACCAAGACAACCACUUCCGAGAGUACCACCCUUCCUUAUACACACUCGCAUUCUUUCGGUGGACCAACAGGUACGACGAGCGCACCAGCAACUACAACCACCACGUGGUAUACUACCUCCAGCAGCCCGUCGUCUCCAACCACGUCGCCGUACAUUCAUACCACAACCUCCAGUCCUGGAGCCGGCUCAGAGACCACCACAUGGGCACAUUCACACAGCGGCAGCUCCGCCACCACUACCCCCACCACCUCAGAGUCGCCUGCCACAACCCCCUACGGCUCGUGGGAUGGUACCACAUCGAGCUUCGCUUGGCAAGACUGGGAAUCGUCAACUAAGCCCACCGACCCAGUGACGACUUCUUUGACAACCUCAAGCUUUGAUUGGGCUGACUGGGAGUCUUCAACCAAGCCCGCUGAUCCAGUGACAACUCCCCUGACAACCUCAAGCUUCGACUGGGCUGAUUGGGAAUCGUCCGUCUCGUCGACCAGCAAGCCUGCCGACCCUGUAACAACGAGCUCAAGCCCUAGCUCUAGCUGGGCUGACUGGGAAGCAUCCAAGUCAUCCACGAUGAAGCCCAAUGACCCGGUGACCACAGGCGCCUUCACCUGGAGCGACUGGAACAGCGAUCCCUCCGUUGCACCUACCUCGACCGCGACCUGGGCCGACUGGAAUAGCGAGAGCUCCAUUGCACCUAUCUCGACCGCAACCUCCACCUUGGGCGCUCUAGAAGGCAAGCCAUCCUCCCCUGUUGUUGUUGCUGCUGCUUCAGCCGGCUCCAGCACAUGGGCCAGCCCCAGCCCCAGCGUGACAAUCGCCACAACCGUGACCGUUGCACCCGUGGCCUCGUCCGCGUGGGUUGCAGCAGCCUCAGCAACGCCAGUUGCGCCAUACAGUGGGAACGACAGCGCAGGUACUCCCACCAGUGCCUGGGUCGCAGCUUAUACCGGCGCUGCAGGACGCACGGGAAUGAACGCGGUUGCGCUGCUCGGUGCUGGAGCGGUUGCUUUCGCUGUUUUGGCUCUGUAG